CGAUGCACAUGAGCACCGAUUGCACAGAGAAACGUCGGAGGAGAAGAUGGAGUGCGCCGCGAAGGGCAGCGGAAGAACGCGCUGCACCGGCGCCGCCACCAGGCCCUGCGCUCGCUGCGGAGCCGUUGCUUAUUGCUCUCUCUCUCAUCAGAUUGAACACUGGAGUAGCCACAAACAUGAGUGUGAUAGGUUAGAGCAACAGAUGGAGAGUGUGCAUUUACUCAAUGAUUUUCCUUUCACUUUCUCUCAAGAAGCUACAGUUCAGAUUUGUUUGAAGCAGGAAACUAGGUGUUCUUUCUUGAGCAAGAGGGGAAUCCAUCAAAAGGGGAUGUGGAUGAUCGAAUGCCGUUGUGGCGAAUCGUCUGCUUCAUUUGAUUGUUUACGGUUAAACAACAGUUGGGAUCUUCCAAGAAAUUUGUAUCCUUGUUAUGCACCCGAAUCUCAAAUUCCGGUGCAGUUGCAUAGUUGGAGUGACUACUAUAAUUGGAGGUGCAUUCCACUGGACUCACCUGCUGCUUUGCUGCUUCACUGGCCACUUACAAUAUAUCAUGCUGCUCAACUAGUUGGAAUUGGAACCCUGAAUCCUGAAGUCUGUGAUAAGUUGUACCUACAUUACCUUGGACCUGAGAAAGAAUUGCUACAACUAGAUGUAUUUGGAGAACUACAGGCACUCUUCCCCGGCGUACAUAUUCAUAUUGAACUUGUUGGACCUGCAAUUCCUCCACAAAGGGAUGGUGAGAAGAUCAGCAUUUCCAGAUAUGCUUCUUCCAAUGAAGACCAGAGUACCUGCAAAUCAGCGAGUGAAAAUGCCAUUUUAUCAACACAGAGUGGCAUUACUUCGGCAGUAACAUUGCAGCUGUGGCAUGGACUCUAUCAUGACCGAUAUAGAGAUAUUGUUAAGGAUUCCUCCCCUCAUCUAGUGAUUGCUCCAAAUGGUGGCAUUGCUGCCUAUCCAAGUUGGUUACCUAGUAUUGAGUUAAUUGAAAAACUAGAUGUCCCAGCCGUUUUUACUGAUUAUUGUGAGGAAGCUUGUCAUCUUGCAGCAAGUUGCAUUGAGAAUGUAAUUAGUCGCUCUUUUAGACUGCCUGUUCAGGUAAAUCCUUUCAGGCAACCUAUUGCUGUGGAAGAUAGUGUGUUGUUGCUUCCCUGCUACUCAAAUUGCUUUGUUUUUGGAAUGUAAAGAGCCAUCCUCUGAAAUGAUUGAGUUAAUUUUCACUGAUACUAACGCCAAGAUUGGCCUAACUUGUUGGAACUUUUGUGUACGUAGAGGUGCUGCCAGUUCGAUGGUAGUGACCCGUUGAGGGAAUCAUUGUUGGCAAUCACCUCUUAUCCAUCUUGUCUUCCACAUGCAACAUUUCCAUUGAUUGAUAAAAUUCAACCAACCUUCAGUCUAGUGGAAAUGCUAAUCAUAUGUUAAUAAAAUAUACUUUGUUUUACAAUAGAGACUCUGACUGCUGCUAAUAUUUUGUUACUACAAUGAACAAUGUUAUACCCAGACUUAUU